AUGGCGAGCAAGAGAUCCCGACUGGGCCGACUCCAGGCCAAGCCCUUGGAGCCGGAGCAAGCGGAGCAAGCGGAAGUACCAGAAGCGCUGGUUUACUCAACGCACAUUUCGGAGAUUUUGCCACACACGACAAGCAACGGCCGAUUCGAGCUGGCACUGGUUCCAGAUCCGAGCUUCCCAGAAUGUCAGCUGCCCGUGGUGGUGCGAUCAGGGGAAUUCUGCAGAGGAGAUGCUGCCUUUUUUGUCGGAGUUGGAGCGCAGAUUCCAAAAGCCCUUAGCAAGGCAUCUGGGUGGGAUGGGCUUCUGGCUGAGACUGAUUAUGUGGUGAAACAAACUUAUUUUGGCCGACGGUACUUGUCCAAUGGACUUCUCCUCCCCAGCUCAGUGCUUCGGGAUUUUGUAGGCGAAGAAGACUUGGGCGACCCUGAACGCUUGACAACAGCACUGAAGGUCAAAGCACCUCCAUCUGCAUAUCGCGCACAUGAGUUUCUUUUGGAAAUCGGCUUCGAUGGGUCUUGCUAUCAUGGCUCUCAGAGCACAGGUGCGGAAGACGAGCGUCCAACUGUUUUGGGACAGAUAAUGCGGUGUGCUGAGAGGCUUGGAUGGGUAAGCGGGCAACAGGAUGAUCGAGCAACUCGGAGCCUAUGGGCCUGCUUGAGCCGUGUGGAUGCUGGUGCAAGCGCUCGUAGCUUUCUACUCACGACGCCUCCCCUCAUAAAUCCAGAGACGCUCGAGUGGCCAAGCUCCGUGGAGACGACUCACGCGCUUGCCCGAGAACUUCCAGAUGGCAUACAGCUGCAUCGGGCGGUCCUGAAACCACGAGGAGAGAACAUCCGCCACACCUACAAUGUCAGCAGGGAGUACGGAUAUUUUGUGCCGCUUGCUUUGCUGGAGGGUGAUAUCGAGGGACUGCGAGACAUUCUGAAGCAAUUUGUCGGUGAUCAUUGCUUUGCCAACUUUACCGAACUGAAGAAACUGGAGGGGCUGAAGAAGAAGAUCCAACGAAGCCCGGAGCUACAAACCUGGGCUCAUAGUCUUCAAAGUUGGAAACGCGCGAGGAAGGAAUCACAGUACAGUGCUGCAGCCAUCUCAAACUUGCGGGUGCACAGAGCCAUGCGAGCAGCAUCCGAACGCACCAUCAUGGCGGUGAAUGUGGAGGAGGCUCCUGGCAGUAAUCUUGCUUGUAUUCGUUUACAAGGUGAUGGCUUCCUAUAUAACAUGGUGCGAUACAUCGCCGGUGCUGCGUUGGCAGUUCAUUCCGGAAGACUAUCUUCUCACACCCUGCAGACUGCUUUACAGGCCCUUCAAGCAGUGGAUCUUUCAGAGCAUUUGGCGCCAGCUCGGGGUCUCGUACUCCUGCGCCAAUACUCGGAUGAGCCGUGGAUUUCGCAAGACGCCCAGAAAGCCGAGGCUUCCGCAGAAACUUUCAUGACGCUGAAGCUAUUGCCAGCAAUCGAGGAGACUUGGGAGUGCAGAGCAGGUGAGCCAAAAUUGACCUCUUUCCUGAUGGUUGGCGCCAAAACCACGAAGCGCGGCGGAGCCUUGACCACAUGUCUGAGCGUCUCUGAUUUGGCUGAACACGAGAUCCUGGAGAACUGCGCCACAGCAUUGUUUACACAGGUGCCAGAGGGGCUUUUGCCGACGGUCACAUUUUCGCUGAUGAUAGCAUCUUCCAGGAUGUCCAGGCAACAGGUCGUCGUGAAGAAGCUUGAUGCCAUAGAGUCUCUCGGAUGCGCAUCCGUUUUUUGCUCUGACAAAACUGGAACCCUCACGCUGGGAGAAAUGACUGUGCAGCACGUUUUGGUGCCUGACGGGGGCAAAGCAACCCUUUUCAAUGCCCAACAGUUGCAGGCGGAGGUGGUUCGACGCGACUCGCGUCUGCAGCAGCUUGCAGCAGCUGCCCUUACAAACAACAGCGUGCAGGUUGCUGCACGCGGCGGAGCUGAUGAGGCGCUGCCUCUACGGGGCUACAAAUGGUUGGGGAAAGCUCCGAGGGACGCAGUGAAGUUUUCGGCGGCCUCCUUUGAAGUCAUCGUCAAGGGUGCGCCGGAGAGGGUACUCGAGCUGCAGCCUUAUGGACCGGCCCUGGGCUCAAACUUUUGUCUACCUUACCUGAAGCAGGUGCAAGGCGGCUGCUUCAACAGCUGCAACUUUCCCGUGCGGGACUGCAAGUUUCUGGGCUUCUUUGCAAUGGAGGACCCACCGCGCCCAGGCGUCCGCGAAGCAGUAACCAAGUCCCAGACUGCUGGUGUCAAGGUGGUGAUGGUGACAGGGGAUCAUGGAGACACGGCAAGAGCCAUCGCCUUGCGGUUGUCCAUCCUGGCCAGCUCUUCGCAGCCGUCUCGCGAGGUGGAGCGCUUUCAGGUGCUUCACGGAUCGGACUUGGAUCACCAUUUACCACCAGACGAUGGCUUUGUAAACCUUGACUUUGACUCCAAGGAGUUCUGGCGGCAAGCGGUGCUACACACCAGGGUGUUUGCCCGCGUCUCGCCUUUACACAAGCGAAUCAUUCUGCAGGCCUACCAGCACUUCGGGCAACAGGGCUUUGGCGACGUCGUGGCCAUGACAGGCGAUGGUGUCAAUGACGCGCCAGCUUUGAAGCAGGCUGAGGUGGGAAUAGCUAUGGGGAUGCGCGGGACAUCAGUGGCGCAGGACGCUGCGGAUAUCAUCCUCCUGGAUGAUAAUUUCUCCUCUGCGAUUGCUGGGAUGGAGCAAGGCCGACUGGCUAGUGAGAAUCUGCAGAAGUCGAUCAUGUACACAUUGUGUUCGAAAGUGCCACAGGUUCUGCCUGCCUUCCUCGAAGUCUUCGGACUGCCAGAAGCACUGGCCGCAGUGCAGGUGCUUUUGAUCGACAUCGGCACGGACAUUUGGACGGCAGUUGCUUUUGCAGCUCAAGGGCCGGAAACUUCGCUAAUGAACCGAGCCCCACGUCAUCCGCGACUGGACUCCUGGCCCCAUUGUUGGCGUGCGACCUUUCUCCUGGUUUCUUCGUACUGA